UUUCGUCCUCUACGAACUACGACCCGAUCCAUUGAUUGAACCAGCAGCUCCUUGACCCUCUUCAGUCUCCCCUCUCCUGUCUCGGCUCCAUCCCUUCGGCCAUGAAGCGCGUGGCCAUCAUCGGAGGCGGCGUAUCUGGCCUCUCCGCCCUAUGGUCCCUCAACGAGUAUUCGGAUCAUGAAGUCCACUUGUACGAGAGCGGCAAGUACAUAGGAGGACACACCAACACUGUCCGGUACAAGCCCACGGAGGCUGCGGGAGAGAAGCAGGGGAAGCAUUUGGAGGAGGUUGAUGUUGAUACUGGCUUCAUCGUCUUCAACACGGUCACAUACCCCAACUUUCUCCGCUUCAUCAAACAUGUUGGUGUGCAGAUCCUCGAGUCAGACAUGUCCUUCUCCGUAUCUCGCUACGGCAGACCUCGAGCACCACACUCCCUUCCUCCCUUCAGUCAGCUCUUCCCUCAAAGCUUUGCAGCAGGGGAGGAGCGGGUGUCCAGCUCCAAGGCUGUCAAUGGCUCAAAUUCAUCAGCAGUGGCUGAGAGCACCCAGAAGGUCUCCUUGCGGGGCCAAGUAGCCGAUGAGCCAGUCAGGGGCGACUUUGAGUGGGCCGGCGGAUCGCCCGCGGCUCUCUUCUGUCAGAAGACCAACUACCUCAACCCUUCGCACUGGAGGAUGGUAUGGGACAUCAUUCGAUUCAACAACCAGAGCUUGGAGACGUUGAGGGCUUUUGAAAAGGGCAAGGGAAAGGGAGAGAUGGAAGAGGGAAGUAUAGGAGAGUGGUUGGAUGAGAGGGGGUAUGGUGAGGGUUUCAGGAGGAAUUAUCUGAUCCCGAUGACAGCCUCAAUCUGGUCAACGCCUCCCUCGCUGGCUUUCUCAUCGUUCCCAGCCGUCACUCUCCUCCGCUUCAUGCACAACCACCAUCUCCUGCAGAUCCUCAAUAGACCACAAUGGCUCACUUUGAAGGGCGGCUCAGGCAACUACGUCAAGAGGGUCUUGGCUAAAGUCCCCAAUGACAGGCUUCACCAUGAUGCCCACGAAGGCGGUAGCGGCAAGGUGGUGCAGGUAAAGAGAAGUGGAGACGGCGGGUGGAUGGUCAGGACUGCCGACGGAGACGAAGCUCGGUACGAUGAAGUCGUCUUUGCUACACAUGCAGACACAACGUUAGCUUUGCUGGACGAGGCUCUGGAUAGCGGUGACAAACGAAGGGACAUCCUGUCGCGAUUCGAAUUCAGUAAGAACGAGGCGGUCUUGCAUGGUGAUGAAAGACUAAUGCCCGUCCGCCGUGAGGCAUGGUCGGCUUGGAAUUUCAUCGCCGAGGAGGCCCACUCUGCCAGCUCGGCUAUUCAAAAGGCAGGCACCGCUUCUACCACUUCUUCUUCUCAGGAUUCCGAUCGUGUCUCCUUGACCUACUGGAUGAACCUGCUGCAGUCUCUCCCUACGGCUUCUCACGGCCACGUUCUGGUCACAUUGAAUCCACCAAUGGGCAAUGGUGCCGCCCCACGCGAAGAGCUAGUGGCCGGCCGGUACACGUACAACCACCCCAUCUACACACCUCAAUCGGUCGCUGCUCAAAAAGCGCUCAAGCCUCUACAGGGACAAGAUGGACUCCACUUUGCCGGUGCCUGGCUCAACUAUGGUUUCCACGAGGAUGGCUUCACAAGUGGUCUGCGUGUAGGCGAGAGAUUGGGCGCUAAGCUGCCCUUUGACAUUAGGAGCGCCGAGCGCGACCUACCUCCGGGCGAUGUCAGCCUUGUCCUUGUCGAGAGCUUCGAAGCUGUACGGACUCGUCUGGCCACCCCGCUGAUUCGAGGUUUGCACCCACUCAUUGUUCUCGCGACGCUAUUCUUGGAGAUGAUCGCCAAUGUGCUGACAUACUUCUUGUCAGGAUCUGGAGUGCGAUGCGAGAUUCGCAAUGGACUCAGAAGGGUGAGGGUAGACUGGGAGAGGAACGCUGCGGAGGAAGUGCAAAAGGGCGGGAGUGGCGGGGGUCGCUCCAUUUGGAAGAGGAUUACUGAGGAGUAGUAGCAUGGACGAAGGUAUUUGGAGGGCAAAUAGUACAUAGCUUCACAUUCAUUCGUACUCAGAGACCCUGCCGUAGAUAUCAAGAACACUUCAUCCAAUUUGGCUCAUUUUGCUUCUUCAGUCCUGGCCCACCUUGAUGACUAGCUUCCCCAUCGUCUUCCUACUAGUGAUAUCCUCCUGACUCUUCCUAAUCCCCUCGACACUA